AUGGGUGGGUGUACUGUAAAUAACACGACUUCGAUUCCAGAAAUUUGCCAUCACGAUGUUUGCAGGGAGCCCGAUCAUUUUUGUGCUGCAAAAUGGACAGCCUGGGUUGAGUGCUCCAAGUUUGCCAAAAAUGCAAAUACGAUGACUGAGGGCGGGCCUGAAUGUUCUUCUGGGAAUAGUGCUAUUCAGAUCCAAUUACAAGCCGCAGUUUUCAUUUCUUGUCUCCUACCUGGAGUGUCUUCGCCGAAAAUCCCGGGAACAAGUGUACGAGAGCUCCUAAGAAAGGGGCAGGCGUAG